AAAUCACUAUCACAUUCACACCCAAAUUUUAAGUGCAAGGGUCCCGUAUUUGGUAGUUAGUACGUAUCGAUUUUCCCUCCAAAACCCUACAAUCUCCCACUUAUCACUAUGGAUUUUUUUUUUAAAAAUAUAUAUAUAUUUUUAUUGAAAGCAUAAAACAACGUAUCGAUUUUCACUCCAAAACCCUACAGUACGGACACUACUUAUUUCCUUCAAUUUUCCAAAACCCUAAUCUGAUUCCUUCUCUCUCGUUUGCUUUCCUCCAUUCAUGAUCUUAGUUUCGCGUGGCUUCGCGGAUGUGUACAGUGAUGGGCUCUCUAGCUCUACAGGUUGACAGUGGAAGCUCCUUUCAGGUCUGAAUUCUCAGAAUCAGUAGCCAUGGCAACCAGCUAAGGACCGAUCAACUUUUUGGACUGUAUUCCGUUUCCCUGUUGUACAGUAAGGUAUCUGUACAUUUAAUAAGUUAUUAAUAGAUAUUAUCUCCACUAUCAAAGUUGCUAGAAGCGCUUUGUUUGUAGUGUUGGUCAUAGAUGUAUCAGUCUCUGAAAGUAAUACUGAUUCUGAAGAAGAUAUGAUGAUGAUUGAUGAGGAUGGCGUUCUUCAUGUUGAACUGGACACUGCUUUUUCUAGAGAGCAAAAUCCACAACAGGUCUCUUGCAAGGAAAACUUUAGUGGGGGUGAUGAUGGCUAUGUGAAUGUGAGUCCUUCAAAUAUGGAAAAGGGAAAUGCAUCUACUGUGAUCUCUGAUGUUGCGUCUAAAGUGAAAGAAGAUCAGAAAGGGGUUAAACAGAGAGAAGGCGAUGAAGAGUCAGACAAGGCCAGGAAGAGCAAAGAGCUUAAGGAGCCAGUUAAAAGUGAUGAAUUGAAGAAAAAUUCUGAAGGUUGUGCUAAUAUUGAUUCGACCUUGGAUGAGACAUCAGACUUGAAAUUCUUGACGUAUCCCGAUCCAGAUUUCAACAACUUUGACAAGGACAGGAAAGCAGAGCAUUUUGCAGCAGGGCAGGUAUGGGCUGCUUAUGAUGAUUAUAACGCCAUGCCUAGAUUCUAUGCUCAGAUCAAAAGUGCUUCUUCUCCUGGGUUUAAUGUGCACAUAACCUGGUUAGAACUGGAGCCAACUGAUGAGAAUGAAUUUAAAUGGCUUUUGGCAGACUUGCCAUUUUCUUGUGGUGAGUUCAAGUAUGGGGAUUCUGAAAAAACAGUAAAUCGUCUUAUGUUCUCUCAUCAAGUUUCUUGGGAGAAAGGUAGAAGUAGAGGUACUUUCGUGAUAUAUCCAAGAAAGGGGGAGACCUGGGCUCUUUUUAAAAACUGGGAUAUUAAAUGGAGUAGUGAUCCAGCUGCACAUCGUGAGAGUGAAUAUGAAUACGUUGAAAUUUUGUCUGAUUAUGCUGCAGGUGUUGGAACACAUGUUGCUUUAUUGAGCAAAAUAAAGGGAUUUGUGAGUAUUUUCUGUCGGGUGGGGAAGAAGACAUUUCUCGUUCCACCAGGUGAGCUAUUGAGGUUUUCCCAUAUGAUUCCUUCGCAUAAAAUGGAAAUUAAUAAAAGAGGGGUUCCAUUUGGAUCUUUUGAACUUGAUCCUGCUGCGUUGCCCCUAAUCAAAACCAUGGCGGAGGGUGACAGUGACAUGCAAAGGAGCCAUUCAGAGACUCAGCAGGACAGUUCUGCCAUUCCUUCAGCUCCAAGCUCAGAAAAAGUGCAACUUCCAGAUUCCGAGUUCUACAACUUUGAUGCUGACAAAUCCAAAAAUAAGUUUCGGCUUGGUCAAAUCUGGGCAUUGUAUAGUGAUGAGGAUGGCUUGCCAAAAUACUAUGGUCAGAUCAAGAAAAUUGAUUUUUCCCCAUCUUUCAAACUGCAUAUUUCAUGGCUUGUUUCUGAUGAGUACAUGCCUGUUUCUUGCGGUAGAUUUAAGAUUAAAAAAGGUGAGGGUCCGGCCUAUGAUCGCUCAAUCUAUUUUUCGCAUCAAGUAAAAGCAAAGCGUACAGGUAGAAGAAAUGAGUAUGAAAUUCUUCCGAGGAAAGGUGAAAUUUGGGCAUUGUACAGGAAUUGGAAGCCCAACAUCAACUGUAGUACCUUGAAAAACUGUGAAUAUGACAUAGUGGAAGUUCUUUCAUCCACUGUUUUAGUAAUAAGGGUUUUGGUUUUGAAUCGUGUGGAUGGUUUUAUUUCAGUAUAUAAGGCUCGAGUGCAGGGUGGAUCAACCUUAUCGUGGAAUAUUCCCCAGGUUGAUUUUUUCAAGUUCUCUCACCAGAUUCCUGCUUUCCGUCUGACUGGAGAGAGAGGCGGCAAGCUUAGAGGCUUCUUUGAACUUGAUACCGCUGCCUUGCCAGUUCAUUAUUUUUGCUCAACCUAGUUCCAGAGCCUGCCUAUAAAAGGUGCAUUAUAUGAUAAAAAAGAUUUCUGCAGCAUGCAACUUCUCAUUUUGAUCCAUGGUGUAGCUCUGUAUUCCGGAUAAGUUUGGAUCUUUGCCCUGCUUUUUGUUACAGCGAAAGGUUAAUGUACUGAUCCUUGAUAAUUUUUUGAUACUUUUUUUUGUUAGCACAGAAAUGUAUGAAGUGUAUAUUAACGUACCCUUUUGUUGUGAAUGCUCUCUUUUCAUGUGUUUCCACUUCCUGCAGUUCUUAGUGGAAUAGGGAAUGUUUUUAAUCACUUGGAUUCCUUUUGCUGGUUU